AUGUCUUAUUCUGGUAAGGUGGAGACUGAUGUUGAAAUCAAGGCUCCUGCUGUGAAGUUCCAUGAAUUCUUCACGCAGAGGCCACACCAUCUAUCCAAUAUCUGCUCUGAUAAAAUUAAGGGUUGUGAUUUACAUGACGGUGACUGGGGAAAAGUCGGCUCUGUCGUCAACUGGAAUUAUAUCCACGAUGGGAAAGCUAAGGUUGCUAAGGUGGUAUUUGAAGCCAUAGACGACGAAAAGAACUCGAUCACUCUGAGAGUUGUAGAAGGAGAUCUUCUGGAGCAUUACAAGAGCUUCAAGAUCACAAUUCAAGCAACUCCAAAAGGGGAGGGCAGCGUGGUGCAUUGGACUUUUGAAUAUGAAAAGGUGCAUGGCGAUGUCACAGACCCACAUACGCUGCUCCAGUUGGCAGUUGAUCUCACCACAGAUAUUGGUGCUCACCUUACAGCCUAA